AAGGCGCACGCCUCGCAAAGGCGAUGUCAACCCUGACGAUCGCCGAGCUGAUCGCCAGCGGCAAGGGCAAGCCCGACCCAGACGCCGAGGUGCCGCAGGCCAUACGCGACGAAAUCUUCAACGAGCUCAAAAAGAACCCCGCCAACCGGACUUGCUUCGACUGCACGGCCAAGAAUCCGACGUGGGCGUCGGUGACGUUCGGCACGCAGAUGUGCCUCGACUGCUCCGGCAUUCACCGCCGCCUCGGCGUGCACGUCUCCUUCUGCCGCUCCGUAUUAAUGGACAAGUGGACCUACCGGCAAAUCUACCGCGCCGCCCUCGGCGGCAACGCGCGCGCGCGCGAGCACUGGAAGAGGUGCGGCGUCGACCCGUACCAAAAGAUCGAGUCAAAGUACUCGUCCAACACGGCGCAGCAGUACAAGCGCCUGCUCGAGAAGGACGUCGCUGACGCCUGCUCCCGCGGCCUCACGGCGCUGCCGAUGGCGCAAGGCGGCAGCGCCGCCGCCGCAAACGCCUCGGCCGCCGCCACCGCCUCGGCCGACCCCUUCGCCGCGUAUCUCAACGGCAUCUCCCAGGCACCGCAGCCCGUGCAAGCCCCCGCGACCGUCCCGGCGCCGCUGCCCGUCCGCACCGCGCCGCCGCCCGCAGCCGCGCCGCCGCCCCCGGCAGCCGCCGCCGCCGCAAGCGGAGGUGCGAGCAGCUCCGUCGCCGCCUCGCCCGUGUUUGGCGGCGGCGCCGCGGCCGCGUCGCCUUUCGGCAACGGCGCCGCCGCCGCCGCGCCGCGCCCAAAGCCGGCGGCGCGCAAGCCGGGCGGGCUCGGCGCGCGCAAGGUGGAGAGGGGGCCGGAGCGGGGGGAGCGGCACUCGGGCGGCAGCGCGGCCGCCGAUGCCGACGCCGACGCCGCUCCGGCCGCGCCUGAGCCGACGCCGCCCUCCGCCGCGCCCACGCCUGCUCCGGCUGCCGCCGCGCCGGCGCCGAAGCCAAAGCCAAAGCCGCUCGCGCCCUUUAAGCCGCUCGCGCCGAUCCCGGUGGCCAAGCCCGCGGCGGCGGCGGGCGGCGGCGGCCUCUCCUCGGCGUGGGACGACCUCGAGGCCUCCGCCUCCAAGCCCGCCCCCGCCCGCUCCGCCGCCUCAGCCCUCAUGCUCGGUGGCCGAGGCGCCGCCGCUGCCGCCCCCGCGCCGCAGCCCGCGCCGCAGCCCGCGCCGCAGCCCGCCGCGGCGGCGGCGCCAGCCGCCGCUCCGCCGACGUUACUGGAGGGCUCUCCGUUCGUCGCCGCCGCCACGCCUUCGCCGAGCUUCAACCCGCUCGGCGGCGGAGGCGUCGCGAAGGCGGGCGGCGCGGGCGGCAAGCCGAAGCGAGGCGGCGGCGGGGCGAGCAAGGUGUCGUCCGACGACUGGGGCUUCGACGAGGAGGCGGAGGGGAAGGGGAAGGAGGAGCGCGGGGGGAGUGCGGCGUGGGGCGAUGCAAGCUGGGACGAGGACACGCCCGUGGCGAGCGCGCCGGCCCCUCCCGCCCGCACCUCCUCGUCCGACGCGUGGGGGCAGCGAGCGCCCAAGUCAUCGCUCUUCGCCUACGACGCGCCGUCGCUGCACGCCGCCGCGCCGGUGCCGGCGCCGCCGAAGCGCGAGCCGCGCGCGCCCGAGCCGGCGCGGCCGGAGCAGCCGUGGGGUCGCAACUCGCCAGACGCGAGCGCGUCGUUCGCCGCGCGGUCGCAGUACGCCAACGCGACGGCCCUCUCUGCGGACGACUUCACGGCGGCGCCCUCGCCUGCGGCCGCCGCGGAGCAGAUGGAGCGCGACGCGUACAUGGAGCGCGACGAGUGGAUGAGCAAGUACGCGGGCGCCUCCGCCCUCUCCUCGGCCGACCUCAAGCAGGGCGGCGACGAAGAGGUCCGCUCGCCCACCAAGCUGCUCGCCGCCGCCACGCUCGGCGCGGCCGGCGCCGCGGGACGCAAGCUCGGCUCGUGGCUCAAGCGGGAACCGAGCUACUGA